AUGGAAGGAGUCCUCAGAGUAUUAGAGAGGAUUGGAAAUAUGUUGGACAGGCAAGCUCAAGAGCGAGAGAAUGCGAUCGCCCCAGCUGCUGAGGCUGCAGUUGCUGUAGUUAAUGAGAAUGCUGGUAAUGGAAUUGGGAACCGACAGAUGCAUCAGAUAGUAGAACAAUUUCUGAAACUGCAACCACCCAAGUUUGAAGGAGUAGGGGAUCCGGAAGCUGCUUCUAAAUGGGUUGAGGAGUUGGAAAAAGCUUUCGCUUUGUUGGGGUGUACGGAAGCCGAGAAAGUGACGCUGGCAGUGUAUCAGCUUCAGGGUAAUGCGAACGAUUGGUGGAAAGCCACGCAAGGCCGAGUAUUCCCCGCGGGUGUGGAUCAGAAUUGGACGGCCUUUGUUCAGGCUUUUAAUGAGAAGUAUUUUUCGGUGAGCGCACGAGAAAGAAAGAUGACAGCUUUUCUUAGACUGCAGCAGAAUCAAAUGACCGUGGAUCAAUAUGAGGCAGAAUUUGCCAAAUUGUCUAAGUUCGCGCAGAGAAUGGUAGAACAUCCUGAGGAUAAGGCGCGAAGGUUUUGGGAUGGAUUGAGGGCUGAUAUUCGCAGCCAAAUGCUACUGGUGAAUUUGAGGACAUAUGAAGAAUUGUAUGAGAGGGCUCAGGCUAUUGAGUAG